GCAAGGAGCAGGUUGUUGACAGCAAUACAUAUACUGUCUUCGUUGUCAUGGUAUUUCCUCACCGUCGAAGCCUUUCCUAGUGGCGCACCAACCAGUCAAAACCCGAUAUAUGCAAUACCAUGACACCCAACCAUCAGGUGGAGCCACAAACUGAUUCAAGUCCAUACUUCAUAUCGGUAGGCAGUAUUCGGUACACUCCUGGCCAACCAUUAACCAUUACCGUUACAAAGAGUACAUUCGAUCCAUCCACCUUAGGGUUUAGAGGUAUCUUCAUGCAGAUGAGAAGGACAGGAACAGAACAAAUCACCGGUACAUGGUCGGUCACCGAUCAAACAAACUUCAAAACUGUCUCUUGCCCAGGGGGAAGCAACAAUGCUGUGACGCAUCAGAACAACUCCCCAAAGGUUUUCCUGAAUACGUUCACGUGGAACGCCCCCUUGAGUGAGUCUGCAGAUGUGAAUGUUGUAGCGACGUACGUCGAUCAAACCAGCAUAUUUUGGGUGAAAGAAAUUGGCCUAACCAUCUCAAGUUCAGUAUCGGGUCCAUGUAACCCGAAUCCAUGCCAGAACGGCGGAUCGUGCAAACAGAAUGGGAACUCGUUUACCUGUACUUGCCCAUCUCCGUACACCGGUCAAACAUGUCAAACUACAACCGUCUCCCCAUGUAAUUCCAAUCCCUGUUUGAAUGGAGGAACAUGUGAGAAUAUAAAUCAGCAACCUGCAUUCAUGUGUUCUUGUCUUUCUGGAUUUAUUGGAACAAGAUGUGAACUGUCAGGAAUGAUGGAGACAUUGAUUUUUACUGCCUAUGGUGGAAAAUCCAUCUAG